AGAUUCCCAAAACGCUCUAGCCGUUAAGUGUCCAAAUCUUUAGACUGUUGUAUAUAUUACAGUUCACCGUCGGACCCAAGUGUUCCUUUCAAAUAUGCUGAUUGAGCUGCUUGUGAGUGUGACGCUGUUCUAUGCGACAUGGAGCAUCGUCUCCUUACAUUUCAACUAUCGCCGCGCACGACUGAUGGGCAUCCCACUCAUCAAACUCCCUAUCGACCCACUCAACAUCCUCUUCACAGUCCUCGAGCCACAUCUCUCCCGCUUGUUCCACCUCCUUCGAAUUCAGCUUUCCCCCUUACUCUUCUAUCUGCAUCGCGGAUGGCACUUUAGCGACAAAGCCAAUACCCACCUCAAACACGGACCAAUAUGGGCUCUCGUGACACCACGCGAUAUCCAAGUCCAUGUCUCUGAUUCCGAGGCUAUACAAACCUUUAUCUCCAGACGUGGAGAGUUUAUUUGACCGAGGGCAGAUGUACAAACUAUUAGAGGUGUAUGAGCCUUGCAUCUCGACAGCUAGUGCGGCAGAUUGGCCUCGUCAUCGCAAGACUCUCGCCGCGCCCUUCAAUGAGACUGCAAUGGGGGUCGUUUGGUCGGAGUCUUUGCAACAGACAGAACAGAUGGUCGAAGCGUGGAGUUCACCAUCCUCGGGAGGUAUUACGAGUGUGGCAAAAGAUAUACGUAUCUUGUCUUUGAAAGUGCUUGCUGCUAUCGGGUUCCGUCGCUCCUUCUCGUUUCGACAGGCAGACGACAGCGUUGGAAUAAGGGAAGGUGUGGUGCACUCGUAUCGCGACGCACUGCAGAUUGUGCUGGAAAACUUGAUUCUCCUGAUGUUGAUUCCAUCUCGACAUCUUGUCUAUCCUUGGCUGCCAGCUUCCCUUCGCAGGAUAGGAAACGCAGCUCUGGAUUUCAAGAAGCACAUGGUAAAGAUGCUCGAUGAGGAAAACACGUCCAUGAACCGAGGCGACAAAGGUUCGGGGAGCUUAAUGACUUCAUUUAUUCGGGCCUUGGAUGAGUGGAACAAGGGUGUUGAGAGCAAUUGUAUCUCAGGGGCUCUCAGUGAUGAGAUCUUAGGUAAUCUUUUCGUUAUCAACUUCGCCGGACACGAUACGACUGCCAAUACGUUGGCAUUCAGCACGUUGCUUCUGGCAACCUAUCCUGAUGUCCAACAAUGGGUCGCCGAGGAGAUAAACAACGUCUCUUCGGAGAUGGUAAGCGCAGACUGGAAGUAUGCCGACGUUUUCCCACGCCUGCUCAGGUGCCGAGCUUUCUUGGUAAGCUUCAUGCCGAUCGUGUCAAGCUGAGCUUAUAGAGAGUGUGAUAGGUAGUUGCCUCGGUGCAGUAUGCUGUUAUAAUACCUGUAUUGUAAGCAAGGGUCGUGGAAUCAAGCACACAUGGUUGUUAUCGUGGAAUAGUGUAG